AUGUCGAACGCAGGGACGACAGACCUCAGUUGGCUGCCCUCAGAUGCAGAUGAACAACUCGCCUUAGGAUUCAAAAUCGUCACCAACGCGUACAAGACGAGGGUCACCUCCCAGGAGGCAGAAAUUAGAUCCCUCAAGGGGCAGCUGACGGAGAAGCUAGAGCAACUUUCGUCCAUACAAAAAAAAUAUAGCAAUUUGGAGGUUCAGCUAAUCGAAUCAACGCAGAGGGGAAACCAGCUGGCGGACGAGAACAAGCAGUUGAUUACGACCAUUAAGAAGCUGAAUAGGGACAUCGACCGACUGGAGAAUCUGAAGAAGGCCGUCCUCAAUUCCAUCCAGGAGGAACAUGACGUGGAGGAUGCCCAUAAGUACUAUUCCGCGGACGACAUGCUGCAGACGACCGCGCCGAGAACGAUGCUGGAGAUCAACGGCAACGAGGACUCCUGCCAAACGCUGAUUAACAAAAUUGUUAAUUCGGACGCGCACAACAUCAUCAACGGGAGCUUCAACUCGCCCUACCUGGGAGCGGGAUCCCCCGGCGAGAAGAACACAGACGGCAGGGCCUUCUUCCGAAACGCAAGGAGCAGACUGACGUACGAGCAGUUCAACCAGUUUCUGUCCAAUAUUAAAAAGCUAAACAACCACCAGCAGAAGAGGGAGGAGACGCUGAAGAAGGCGCAGGCGAUAUUUGGCGAGACCAACGCGGACCUCUACGAAGAAUUUAAGGUCCUCAUUUCGAAGCAUUCCUAGGGAGGGCCGUGCGUGCAGCGUUUCCGCGUAUCGUUUCUCCGUCUAUCUGUCUCCUUUCCGCCCUUUUAUUUUUGUUUUUCCCCCCCAUUUGUUUCUCCUAAUUUUUGUUUUGUGCCCCCCUCAUCACUGGCCCCCUUUCCCCCCUCUGAUUGCCGCAAUUUUUCUUUAAGUUCCGCCUAAUUAUUUCUCCAACCAAAGGGGGCCAACAUGGGAUACCUGUUCAGGUACUUCUGCGCCGCUGUGCACGCCCAACUUUUUUUGCCAUUCGGUA